AGGGACAGACACAGGCACAACAGGACACUUUCGGUCACGAUCGUUUCGCCUCGACAAUAUUUAGAUGACACGAUAUGAAGAUUCCAAGUGCUAACGGGUCGAAAGCACGAUAUGUGGCUUGACCGCUUUUCCACUGGUGCUGCAACUCCGAGCGGCGCUCUCACCCCUUCCAGACCCUACUCUCCCGCUCCUCGCAGGAGCUCCCAUCUCGCUCCCACCCAACGAGCGGGUCUUGGUCUGUCCGCGACCAGAUCUUCUUCCUCGCUUGACUUGAGCGCAAACACCUCUACGUCUUCACUUGCCUUGCCCCAAAAACCGGCUAAUGGAUCUGCACUACGUUUCGAGCAAAAGCCGCCGCCUGAUGUUCCCGACCCAGUACAGGUCCUGCGCGAAAUACUUGGGCAGACGAAGGAUGAGCCGGAUGCGUCGACACGGACUCGCCAGGAAGGCGCACUCGGGUCGACGAUCGACUUUGGAGGUCUCAGCCUGCAAGAGUUCGUGAAUUCAGGGCCAUCAGUGCAGCCUACGAGCGCUGAACAUACAACUGUCGUGUCGGCGAAAGAGAACAGGCAGAAAUACAAAGACUUUCACGCAUCCAUCGCGGAAUGUGACGAAGUUCUCAAGACUGUCGAGACCUAUUUGACCAAUUUCAAGGCAGAGCUAGGCCAAGUCUCUGCUGAGAUCGAAAACCUACAAGCUCGUUCAGUCCAGCUGAACGCUAUGCUCGACAAUCGUCGCAAUGUUGAGAAGCUACUCGGUCCUGCUGUCGAAGAUGUCAGCCUUUCACCCUACACUGUGAAGGCCAUCGCCGAUGGCCCAAUUGACGAAACAUUCCUCAGGGCUCUUAAUGAGGUCGAAGCGAGGGCUGCUGUGGUCGAGGCUAAGGAGCAGAAAUCGGAGCAAGUCAAGGCUCUGCAGGAUAUGAAGCCAUUACUUGAUGACCUCAAAGCCAAAGCAAUAGAGCGAAUACGAGAUUACAUUGUAGCUCAGAUCAAAGCUCUCCGGUCACCCAACAUCAAUGCCCAGGUGAUACAGCAGCAGACCUUCUUGCGCUACAAGGACCUAUACGCUUUCCUUGCUCGCAAUCAUGCUGUCCUGGCAGAAGAGAUUGGACAAGCUUAUGUCAAUACAAUGAGAUGGUACUACAGCAGUCACUUCACCCGAUACCAGCAGGCACUUGCCUCUCUUCAACUUCAUACCUUCGAUCAGUACGACCUGCUCGGAUCAGAACCUGCUCCCUCAAGACGAAACGUGCUCGGUGCCUCUAAAUCUGCCCCUCCACAGCACGAUGCCUUCCGCUUGGGCCGGCGAGAAGACGUGCUCAAAUCAAAGAACGACUCAGCAUUACCAGCAUACCUGGUCGAGGAAAGCAAGUCGGCACAUUACCUAGAAAUCCCGUUCCGUAAUUUCAACCAAGCACUGAUUGAUAACGUAUCUGCUGAGUACUCCGUCCUCACAGAGCUCUUCUCCACUAGCACCUUCCAGCAGAUCUCUCGUCGGGUAUCGGAGAUUUUCGAGCCCACCUUCACCAUGGGUCACAAUCUCACCAAGCAGCUCGUCGAAGACACAAAUGAUUGCCUAGGCAUAUUACUCUGUGUGCGACUGAAUCAGCAUUUCGCAUUUCAGCUCCAGCGGCGCAAAGUCCCAGUUGCUGACUCGUAUAUCAACUAUACUAACAUUCUGCUAUGGCCACGAUUUCAAAAGGUCAUGGAUCUACACCUCGAAUCUCUGAAGAAGGUCCCAACAGCCACAAACCGCGGCGCUGCAGCAGCAUUCUCACUUGUUGGCGGCGGAUCCGACGCGUCGAGGUCUUCGGUCGCUCCGCACGCAAUCACCCAGCGGUUCGGCGUGUUUUUGCAGGGGAUACUGAUGCUCAGCGCAGAGGCAGGCGAUGAUGAGCCGGUCUCCAAUAGUCUCGGGCGAUUGCGCUCUGAAUUUGAGACGCUGAUGGGUAAAUUGGCCAAAGGCGCCGGCGAUGCAAGCAAGCGGGCGAGGUUCUUGUAUAAUAAUUAUAGUCUCGUAUUGACUAUCAUAAGCGAUACGAAAGGAAAACUGGCAGAUGAGCAAAAGGAGCAUUUUGGCAGUUUGGUGAGGGAUAUGAAAGGUAGAUAGACCUCUUGUGAAUGCUUCAAAAGCACCAUGCUCAUUACCAGGCUGUUUCCGCGUAUACGUUAUCGAGUUUUAGCUGUUGCUCCUUG